CUGGGUGUUUGUUUAGGUCGGGAUAGGGACGUCAUCACAUUGGAAUGCGGAUGUCUUCCGGUCCGCUCGGGGGGAGAUUCACUCACAUCCGUCAUAUGUCUGAGCCUGCAGUUCCUGCUGGGAAUGAUCUCUCGGUUUGAGUGAGGCCUGUUUGAGAUGGAGGAAGCUCGACAGGAGAAGUCUCUGAAUCGAGCUUUUGUAAGAAAUGACAAGGAGUCCUGAAUUGUUGAAGCAGAGUAUGCAGACGGGCUUACAAGGGUAGCUGCAGAUCCCUGAGCUGGUGAGAUGGAGGAAGCGUAUAGUGAACUGUACCAGGAGUUUCUUCGCCUGAGGUCACUUUGCCUGAGACAGGCAGCUCUGUUGCAUCAACUCACAACAGCUCUGCAGAAACAGCAAGGUGCCACUGUUCCUAAUGGAGAUCUGGGCGAUAUGAUGUCCAUCCCUAUCCAGUGCACACACGAGAUCCCUGUGUAUGUCCAUGUAAAGCCUCAACCAUUAACAGCCGCAGCACACAACCCUGACGCACAGUGUGGCGUCCAUCACCUCUCCAGAAACGUGGGGACUUUCUCUGAUCUCCUUGCUGAAGAUAUGUCCAAGCUUUGCGUGGAUUUGCCUCUUCAGAGAAAGGAGGAAGGGAAGUUGGAACAGACGGUCGCACCCCUGUUAACCCUGGACUGCUCGAAGUGGCAAGGCGCCUCCUCCAGUGGAUCCAAACAUCCAGGGCAAGCAGAUCAUCCUGGUAGAGACAGGACUCUGCACACAGCGAGGAUGCCUGUGUCUGGCAGUUCCCCCUUGGUCAGUGGCUUCAUGAGUCAGUUUGGCGGGAUGCUGAUGUCCGACGUGGUGCUGCAGUCUCACGUUUGCGACUUCUGCCAGGCCGUUUUCCCCAGUGACACAACCACCAGAGGGGAGUUCCUUCGGCAUCUCCACACGCACAUCACCUAAAGAAAGCUGAUCCUGCUUCUCCUCCUAACAUAUGAGUCAUGUGUUCGUAUGCAGUGGUGGAGAAGGAAAAACUCAGUUAACCUGAUCUCUGGGAACAACAUUGAAAUGGAUCCGUUCUUAAUAUAGUUAGCUGUUAGCCUAUGGAUGAACUGUGCAGAUGCUGAUGCUGUUUCUGAGGUGUACAAUGAACGAUGGAAAUAGUCUUCCUGUGCUUCCAUUGUAUGUGCAAGUAUGGAAAUAUGGCAUCUCACUUUGUUGUUGUUGGUAACCUGUUGGUUGAUAUGGGUUCAGUUGUCACUAACCAGUCAAUAUUGCACCUGUGUAUACCUGUAACUUUAGCAUUUGUAUUCUUAGUGCAGAGUAUGAUAGUGGGGGGUCUUGGUUGAUCCCUGUUUUAUCCUGUCUGCUUUAGUUAUCGCUUCCUUUGAAUGAUCUUCUCAAACUCAGAUUAAGCACAAUCGUUAAUUAAUUUAACUACAAACUACAGUUCAUUCAAACAUGAAUCAAAUUAGAUUAAAUUCAAUUAUUUUUUUCAAAACUAUACCAUUAUUGUUUGACUCUGGAGAAGACGCAGUGUGAAAGUCAUUUGCACCUGAUCAUUAAAUUGCUAAAGUGAGUUAGUUGUUGAGAAGAAGCCCAUUGAACUGUGUGUAGUAUUUUCUCCUACUCUGAUGGCACCAACCUUCAUUAGUGGAUGGGCUGAAGCGCAAGAGACUCCUUCCACAUUAAUUAAUUUAAUCAGAUUCAGUUUAUUGACGAGAGAAAUUCUUCUUUUGCAGACACUGGUAGCGUUGGUAAGCUGCAAAUAAGCACUGCAUGCAUUUGUAUUAUAUGAUUUGUAUGCAAUAGCUCAUUGUGCUUAUAAUGCAGAUUCUGCAAAAUAUUUAAAUAUAUGUAUUGUGUUAUGCAGAUAAUUAGACUUCCUAAUUUCAUGACCAAUCAAUGUACAUCUUGUUGAAUGUUUGCAGACGAGCAUUAAAUCAAUCAUCUGUCUGCUGCACAGCUCUUAGGAACUGAAGCUAAGAAUAGACUCAAAGACUUAACUCCCUAAAUUAGUGCUGCUGACAGCUGAUUGAUGGCGGCGCCUCCUCCCUUCAUCAGUUUCCACAUUAACUGUUGCUUCCAGUAAAGAAACCGAACUUGGACGUAAUUCCUCUUGUAUAAUCAAAAGGCAAUUUUUUUUCCAUAAACAUCAUCAUUAACAUCUGAGCAUGUUUCUUUAGAUGCUGGUUCAGAGAGUCCUCAGUCAUGCUAAUGUCAGCAUGCUAACGAGCUCACAGUGACGAUACUAGCAUGUCGAUGUUUAGCGGAGAUAAUGUUUAGUUUAGCAUGUGAGCAUUCUCAUUCUCUUCUCAUCUUCUGGGGACCAUGAAUGUGUUUGGCAAAUUCCAUGGCAAUCCAUGUAAUACAAGAUAUUUCAAUAAUAAAAACCCCAAAAAUAUCGACCUCAUGGUGGCGCUAGAGAAAAAGUCAGGGGUUCAUCAAAGUCGGUCAUCAUCUGGAAACCAUGCAAGAACCAUAAAAGAACAGUAAUAGCAACGCUUAAUCCUAACCUUUAAUAUCCAAACACAUUGUGUGAAAAGCCUUUACUGUUACAAAUACAGGCUCUACAGUGAAAUAAACUAAAAAUCAUUAAAGCUGAAUUCCAUAGGGUUAUGUGA